AUGUCCAAACUGUUCAAAUCCCCUACAACUAGGAGUUAUAAAAACUAUAAUCCCUCACUAUUUUCCUCUGACCUUGUCACUAAAUCGGAUCGUCUGUUAUCCAUAUUAUCCAACACCAACGUUAAUACAAUACUCGAAACCUUCAAAGAUGUUCUUCACUCAACUCUCGACGUGCAUGCACCGUUAAAAACCUUCAAAAUUCGAAAUCGAUCAUGUCCAUAUGUCAACAAUGAAAUAAAAGAACUCAUGAAGUCUCGGGACCUACACCUCCGUCGGUUUCAACUGACACGUGAUGAAGGUGAUUGGGUAGUUUACAAAGAAUAUUGUAAUAACGUAAAAACCAAAAUUAAAGCCGCAGCGAAGGACCACACCUUCAACGAAGUAAGAGAACAUAAACACAAUUCGAGAUCCCUAUGGAAAAUAAUUAAUAAUAUAAUUCCCUCGAAGGAAAAGGAAACACAAGUUUAUAGUAAAGAUCCAAAAACAGUUGCAAAAGAAUUCAACCUUUUUUUUACUUCUGUGGGACGGAACGCUGCUGCGACAGCCGAAAGUUUAGCCAAAGACAACAAUGUUGCACUGUCAAAUCCUCUGUCAAAUGUAAUCACUUAUCCAUCUGAUCAACUGUUCAAUUUCCAAUCCGUUACUUGUACAGAGGUUCAACGCAUUAUCAUGGCUAUGCCAAGUAAUAAGUCACCAGGACCAGAUAAAAUAGGCAUGCGUGUCAUCAAAGACUGUCUUCCAAUCAUACUGGGUCCUCUUACGCAUAUGAUAAAUUGCUCUCUAAUGACAAGCACAUUCCCUGACCUAUGGAAGAUUUCUGAAGUUAUACCCCUACUAAAAGAAGGAGACCACGAGAUAGCCUCAAACAAUCGGCCUCUCUCACUACUCGAGGUAGUUUCAAAAGUUUGUGAAAAAGUUGUUCUAAAUCAAUUUAGCUCCUACCUCAAAGAAUUUAAUCGCAUAUCGUCACAUCAAAGCGGGAAUAGGAGUCUUCACUCCACCGAAACCUUAAACAUAUUUGUUACCGAUACGAUGUUGGAAGCCAUAGACAACAAAAAUCUAACGGCACUAAUUUUAUUGGAUUUAUCCAAGGCAUUUGACAGUGUCAGUCAUUCGAUUUUAUUACACAAAUUGAGUUGUAUCGGUGCUUCACCCGAAGCUGUUAAAUGGUUCCAAGACUAUUUAACAGGCAGAUCCCAAUACGUGCGCAUUGGAUCCACCAAGUCAUCAGCUCGCCCGAUAACCCAUGGCGUUCCACAAGGUGCAAUACUAUCACCACUUCUGUUUUACGUGUAA